CAGAGCCAGACCCGGGCAGAGCCCUCCGCUGCCGCCGGCUCCCAGCUCUGGGGCCGCGCCGACCUCUGCGCGCUACUUCCCGCCGCCGAAGAGAAGCCCCUCCACAAAGGAGCGAGGCAGCGGGAGGCGGGGGAUACACGCACGCCCGGCCGCUCCGUCCCGAUGCGGUGAGCCCCAGGCUCGCCUCCGGGGCCGCGCCAGUGCGGGAGGGAAGAAGCGGAGCAGCAGCGGCGGCUCUCCCGCUGCCACCAUGGGCUGCUGCACGGGGCGCUGCACGCUGAUCUUCCUCUGCUCGCUGCAGCUGCUGGCAGCAUUAGAGAGACAAAUCUUUGACUUCCUGGGUUUCCAGUGGGCUCCUAUCCUUGGCAAUUUCCUACAAAUAAUAGUUGUCAUUUUGGGUUUGUUUGGAACCAUCCAGUUUAGGCCUCGAUAUAUAGUCGUGUACACGGUGUGGACUGCCCUGUGGGUCACCUGGAAUGUUUUCAUUAUCUGCUUCUAUUUGGAAGUAGGCGGGCUUUCUAAGGAAACGGAUCUCAUGACCUUUAACAUCUCCAUGCACCGCUCCUGGUGGCGGGAGCACGGGCCCGGCUGCAUACGAAGGGUGGUGCGUCCUUCUUCCCCUGGCAUCCUAGAGGAUUACUCCUACGUCUCCGUGACAGGCUGCAUCAUUGAUUUCCAGUACCUGGAGGUCAUUCACAGCGCUAUCCAAAUACUCCUCUCCCUGAUUGGAUUUGUGUAUGCCUGUUACGUAAUCAGUAUUUUCAUGGAGGAGGAGGACAGCUUUGAUUUCAUAGGCGGACUUGACACAUACUCCUUCCGACAGCCCCCCCAGGAACAUGUUGAGUUAAAGCCUGUAAAGCCUGUAGGUCGAAGUAAGUAAUGAACAUGGACUCAAGACUUCUGCUGCUGUAGCUGAAGAAACAGAUUUUAGAAGAAAAGACCAACCUUGUGAAUCAUCCUUCUGGAAGAAACCCACCACAUCUGUUCCUCACAGCAUGUGGAUUGUUCUUCCCACAGGCUCAGUGUCAUUAUCAGCGUUGUUAUUUGGUAGAUCCUUGUAGAUGAUCUUGAAUUUUUAAAUAAUUUACUUAUAUGGACACUUGUAAAUUGUAAAAUUUUUUCUUUUUUAAUUUCAGUAUUUUUACAAUGUUUAGUGUUGAGGCAUGAAAACAAAACAACCUGUGAAAACUAGGAGGAGGGUGCAUCUUUUUCAAAAGUUCAGUAUUUUUUGACUGAGAGGAUCAUACUGUGCCUGGUCAAGAUUGUGUCAGUAAACAGUAAUUUUGACUCCAAAAUAUUCAGUGGGAGUCAAACCCCAACAGUGAUCAAGAGAUCAUUUCAGUGCUGUCUUUAGAAUUCACAAUGUCACUCCUUGCAUCUUUGAACUGCUGAAUGCAGCAGGGAUUGAUGUAUGGCUCUUCUUACCCAGAUGUUCAAGCACUAAUGUACUCACCUAAUUAUUGCAACUCAUGUAUGACUCCUCCUUUCCUAAUCUCUUUUGCCCCAAGUCCAUCUCGAGUAGCUGUCUCUGAUUUGAACAGAAGUAGGAUGACUGCUCAAUUGAUGUCCAUCUCUAGGAACCCUUACACCCAGGGCUGUUUAGAUGUCUGUGAUUUGCACAUUUUUAAACUCCUUUCCUCCCUUCUCCCAGGAAGAAGCCAAGCAUGAAUGUACAGUACAAGGCACCAACUGAAGCCUUAGAAGCCUCUGGGGACUAAUUUUCUCUUAAUUUAAAAGUAAACAAGCAAAACUGAAAAAUGUGUGUAAAAAAUUGUAAAGUUAUUUGUAAAUACUUCUAGACAAAGAACAUGUAUGUAACUGUGGUAUUUUGUUUUCUAUUCUGUCACCACUAGCAUAAAGUGAUACACAAAGC